AUGGUUCAUAUAUCAACUGACCCUUUUGAAGGAAAUGAUUCUUCCGUUUAUGAUGUUAAUUAUGUGAGUUUCAACAUGAAAGUUAUGAGAGACAGUCUGAUUUCUAGUCUUGAAAAAUUUUGGCAAUGUAUAGAAAUCAAAGCUGAUGAUUAUGUGCUCAAAAAUAAUAUUGAAAAUAUUAAUGCUCAACGUGAGGAAUUCUUCGGUUUUUUGGAAGGAUCAGUUCAACAAAGCCAUGAAGUUCGAAGUUAUUCUUCAAAGUUACGGCUAUUUAUUAACAGUUUUCGAGAGGAUUCGUUCUCCAACGAUGAAUAUUUUAAGGAAUUAUUGAAUGACACUAAGAAGAAUUUAAAAUCUGCUGAAACAUUGCAAGCUCAAGUCAGAAGAAUUAAAAAUGAAUUAGUAAGAAUCGGAGAUCUUAAUAAAUACCAAGAAGAUAUCCAGCAUGAUCCGGAAAAUGUUAAAUCAAAAUGUAAAGAUGACUUUGAUAAAACCCAAUAUUGGAUGAAAAUGUUCGGUUUAACUCUCUGCGCUAGUCCUUUAGUAGCUGGUGUUGGAUUAGCAGAUGGAAGUGGGGUUGUUUUCUUAGCUGGAGCAGGUAAUCCAAUCAAAUCAAUAAUUCAAUCAACAACCAUUUCUGAUCUUUCAACCAAAUUGAAUGAAGUAAAAGAUGAGCAGAAUUAUAAUAAAUUACUUAUUAGAGUGAUCGAUAAAACUAUAAAGGACUUAGAAUCAGAUGAACUUUUUUCCAAAGAAUUUUGCGUCACA